AGUGUCGUUCGUGUCCAGAAUUCCGAGGCGACAGUCGCGUUUUCCCGGCUGCCUCUUUUCUCCCGCCCCGUUCCCUUCCUCGGGGAUUCCUGCUCCACGUCUUCCUUCUCCUUCGCCAUCCUCUCCGUGGAUUCCGCCGACCGGGGUUUCCCGGGCUCCGGCCGCUGGGAGAGCACUGUGCGUGGGAGCGGCCCGGCCGCAGCAGGCAUGCGCAGUGGGGGCGGCGCACUGCGCAUGCGGAAGAUGGCGGGCCUGGCGUCCUGAGAGUCCCGGGUCACCCUGCUUUUCUCCCGCCCGCGCUGUAGCGCCCGGGGUCGUGGGGCGGUGGCGCUUUCGUCCGCGGGCCGGCCUGGCCAGGCGGCGCCUCCGAGCAGGCCGCGGGCCCCGUUCGUGCUUGGCCCCCGGGACCCGGCGUGUUGGGGGCGGCGCCCGCCCCGAGCGGGAGAAGGCGGGAGAGCUCGCAGGGUGCGAGGGCCGGCCGGCCGGCUGGGCAGCAUGAGUCAGCAGCGGCCGGCGCGGAAGCUGCCCAGCCUGCUCGUGGACCCGGCGGAGGAGACGGUGCGCCGCCGCUGCCGCGACCCCAUCAACGUGGAGGGCCUGCUGGUCUCGAAGCCUGGGAAUAAUUCUCCAUGCUCUCAGCUCUACUUCUGGGCUCUUGGUUCCACUGUCUGAGUCUUCCUAUCUUUUUCAUGAAAGCCAUCAAAAAUAAGGAUUAAUUUAGAAGAUAAUGUACAGUAUGUGUCCAUGAGAAAAGCUCUAAAAGUGAAGAGACCUCGUUUUGAUGUAUCACUGGUUUAUUUAACUCGAAAAUUUAUGGAUCUUGUGAGAUCUGCUCCUGGGGGUAUUCUUGACUUAAACAAGGUUGCAACAAAACUGGGAGUACGGAAACGAAGAGUGUAUGACAUCACCAACGUCUUAGACGGCAUCGACCUGGUCGAGAAGAAGUCCAAGAACCAUAUUCGAUGGAUAGGAUCUGAUCUUAGCAAUUUUGGAGCAGUGCCCCAGCAGAAGAAGCUACAGGAGGAACUUUCCGACUUAUCAGCAAUGGAAGAUGCUCUGGAUGAGUUAAUUAAGGAUUGCGCUCAGCAGUUGUUUGAAUUAACAGAUGACAAAGAAAAUGAAAGACUUGCGUAUGUGACAUAUCAAGAUAUUCAUAGCAUCCAAGCCUUCCAUGAACAAAUCGUUAUUGCAGUUAAAGCUCCCGCAGAAACCAGAUUGGAUGUUCCAGCUCCCAGAGAAGACUCUAUCACAGUACACAUACGGAGCACCAAAGGCCCCAUCGAUGUGUACUUAUGUGAAGUGGAGCAGGGCCACUCCAGUAAUAAAGGUGUGGGGGCCUCUUCAUCUAAUAGCAAACACGCAGAACGCCCUGAUAAAGAAGAAAAUCCUCCACAGCAAAGUGAAGAACUGCUUGAAGUGAGCAACUGAUGGCGUGGCGAACUCGUGUGUUGAGUUUCCUUUGGAACGUCCUGUGUGGGUGAAUUAUGCGUCAAGUUUGAUUCUCAGCAAUAAUCAUCGUGAAGUUUUCUCCUCAGUUAGCAGCGGCACGGCCAGCUGUGUCUGAGUAGUUCACCACUUCGAUUACUGGAUAAUUAUGGUUUCCGCAUUCAGAAACACCUCUUUUUAUGAUUAUUCACUGCUUUUGUCAGUGAGAUAGACAUCUUGCCUAGUGAAAUAAGUUCAUCACAAAGAGUAUCACUGAAACAGAUGGUCAGGCCUGAAGUGGACAGUUCUUCAUGGACUCUGCCCUUUCCUCAAGGAUCAUGUGUCAGCAUCACAAAAGAAAUUGCCUUACACAAGUUCACGUUGCGAUUAGCUGGUGUACGUUGGAUGGGUGUACACACGCAUCUAAAUGAGGUGUCUUUGUAUAUAUCUGUAUAAUGUUUGGAUUACUUAUGAAAUAUGUCUAAGUGAAACUUUUCACCUUGUACAGCCCAAAUAAUGUAUAUAUGGAAAGGAACAAAUUCUCUAAUUUCUGUGGUAUCUAUAACUUAUUAGAAUCCUCUGAAUGAGGGUUAGAGCAGAGUUUUUUCCGAGCUUCUACAUGUAGAAGUGUAAAUGUGCUGUACAUUUAAAGGUCGUGGCUUUAAUUGCAGUCCUUCGAUAUGGUUCCCAGUGCUAAAGUUGGACCUCAAGCUCCCUGCAGAGUCGUCGUGUCUGAGCAGACUGGUGGCAUGCCCCAAGCUUUAGGCGCAAGUGUAGAAAUGCCAUCAGGUAAUGGCUUAAUUCAUUGCAAGACAUGAAUUCAAUCAUGGUGAAAAUUGGAAACUAUUUUAACCUUUUUGCAAUCAGAUUUUGUAAUGUGUUUGUGUAUGUAUGCAACCUUGCUCCUUAAUCAAAGGGGUUUACUUAUGAUGAGUUAGUUCUGCCCUGCCCUCUGUCCAGCUCUAGCCCCACGUUUCCAAGUACCUAGCUAUUUCUACCUCAUUGGGUAAGUCACUUACCACUCUGUGCCUCCGCUGACUCAGUGGUUUACCAUUAGACUGUGAGCUCCUUGAGGGACUUUGUCUGAAUCAUUGUCAUACCCACCGCUUGCCUGGCACAUAAAAAGUGCUCCAUAAAUGUUUGAACAAAGCAGUGAGUAAGUGAGUGAGUGAAUUGUGAAAUUAGACCAAUAAUACUUGGCUUGUCUGCCAUACAGGGUCUUGUGAGCAUCAUUCAAAUUUAUGUUUUCAACCUGUUGCUUUCAAAGGAAUACUUGAAAGCAACUUGAAAUUAAGGCUAUGUAUAGAAAGAUUUAACAUAGAAAUCAGAAAUCAAAAUAGUGAAAAAUAACUGUUUAGGAUUCACGUACCUAUGAGCUCCAGUGGCUUUGCCAGUCCUGUCCCUCGCUGAGACCAGACCCCUCCCUCAGUGCCCGCUGGCUGCUUUCUCGAGGCCUGGGACUGCUCUUUGUGCUCCUCGUGUCGGACAUGCUUGCUGAACGUGCGAGUUCAGGCAGGAGUGUGUAUAGCUAGCUCAGGUGCUCCGCGGGAAGAACUGAGCUCUGCGUAAGGAUUUGGCAGACGGCAGUUUAUAUGUGAGGUCUAAAACCGUGAGAGUAGGUGAAGUCAUCUGAGAGGAUAUAGCGGGAGAAGAGGAGAGGCCCGUGAACAUCUGUAUUUGAGGGGAAAUACGGAAGAAAAAGCCUUUCCUGAGAAAGAAUAAUGAGAAGAGGGGAAAAAAAUAACUAAAGGUAGUGCCCCAAAACCAACCAAGGAAGCGUCGCCAGAGGUGAGCGCGUCGGUGCUGGGAGCAGUUCAAACUGUGAAAUGUGAUCAGUGUUCUCCUUUACAGAUUGUUCUGAGGAUAAGAAGAGAUCAUGGAAGCAAAAGUCCUUUGUAAACUGUAGACGUGCUGUAUAAAUGAGUGUUUCUCAUCACUCCA